GUGCGAUGGAUGCCCUGUGCGACCAUGCUCUCUUCAACUUCUCCGUGCAAGAUGAGGAGUUGAUGGACAACAUUGAGAUGGUGCAAACCAUCCUCCAGUCUGCACCGUGCAACGCCGAGGACCAGAGCUUGGUGUUUGACGCCAUCAACGUCGUUGAGGGAUACAUCCUUGCAACUCCACACAUGAAGGCCAAGUACGCGUACCUAUUGCCAAGUGUUCAGCAAUUGAAGCAGGAGCUGUCGUACUACAUGGCAGGGCUGCUAGAGGGAACGUACGAUGGCCCCGUCAUAACUGACGACGAGCAAGACAGUAUGAGUCCAAGCAGUCUCAUCGAACCGAUCUUGGCAGACGAAGAAAUUGCAACCACGAUCAAAGCCCCACCCGUAAAACCUCCAGUCAUUCGAUGCAACGUGUGUUGGGGAGAGGAAUCGUAUGCGAAUGAUGCCAUCGUCAUCUGCGAUGACUGCAAUGUAUCUGUGCAUCAAACUUGUUACGGCAUUGAGCGCAUCCCUGACGCGUCGUGGUUCUGCAACUUUUGUUCGGCACAGCAGGUGGCCCCGGUCGAAACGUGGGAACCCUCUGGGGAAUGCAGUGCCUGCCAUCUAAAAGGCGGUGCCUUGAUCCCUUUACACACUGCUCACAAGUGGGUGCACAUGUCGUGUGCGAUCUACCUCCCCGAACUCAACUUUGCUCAUGGUAAAGUCGACGGCGUCGACCGCCUCAAAACGCGGCGAAAACUCAAGUGCGUGUUCUGCAAAACUUCCAACCAAGGGGCGUGUGCCCAGUGCUCCAAUGCCAAAUGUACCUCGAGCUACCACGUUCCGUGUGCAUUGGAGCAUGGAGUGACCUUUCGCGCUUCGACCAACUCCAUCUACCACAACGUUUGCCCCAGUCACGGGCUUGAUCUGGCACUGAAAGCCCGGAACCCAUCGGUGCAGGUUGUCCCUCCGCAGUCCCCUGUCCAAACUAUCCAACGCGAAAACACGUCGGACGCUGGAACGACGGCGAAAAUUCAAAAAAGCAUUCAAAUGUGGCUUUCUGAACCACUUUCAGCCAAGGCCGCAAAAGAUACAACCGUGCUGCCUCUUUCGUCCGAACCAUCCGCUCCCCUUGCCGCCAUCUCUCUACAAACUGCCCCAGCCCCGAAGCUCCCGAAAACCAAACUAAAAAAGGUUCAAUAUUCGACCACGAAAUGGCCGUCGUCAACGCCACACGCAGAACCUGUCGCCCCACCAAGCAUCACCCCCACGAAACUCAAGUCCAUACCAGCCACUCCAUCCCCGUUUCGACCGUCCCGACUCGCUCAAGUGUUUGUUCCAGCCACGACUUGUGCAAGUUCCGAAAACGACCUCGUCCUUGUCAUCUUGCCUCAAUUACCAUUGGGGAUCGACUUCUCGUAUGUCGAGAGCGGUCCCCUGACUAUCAAGGACGUGUCGAAUCCUCUUCUACGUGCUGCCCUCGACGAUGGCUUGCUUCAAAAAGGCGCUGAACUCGUGGCAAUCAACGACAUUUCACUCAAAGGCAUCACGUUGACCCAACUCACCGACGAGAUCCUGCCGCAGUGUCGUGCAAGUGCGUCCGUGCAAUGCUGGUUUCGUAAAGCUCGUUCAACUUCCCAGCCUGCGGAGGACGUGGAAUGGCCAUGGGGAUACCUUCGAAGCGACGGCAAACUGGCCAUGGUGCUUGUGUGGCAGGAAAUGGGGGACCUGUACUACUCACUCGCUGCUGCCAAGCCAGCGAUGGCGCAAUUCCAAGCAUUCUUUCGCGACAAGUCGCCGUGGACAGUCCCGUCGUUGGGAAGCUCAGUACCUGGUGUAGUCCGACGCCACCGACGGGCACUGGUGAAAGAGCUGACGGCCAUCCCAUUGCCGCCGCUGGAAGAAGGUGACAUGGUGCAAGUGGCGGCACGAACAUGGCCCGGAAUCAACAAACUCGGCGGCGCCGGACGCAUCAAAGCCAAGCAUGCCACGUCGACGGAAGGGGUGUAUUUAUACGACAUUGCGUACAUUUUGGGAGGUGGGGAAAAGGGUGUCGAACGAGAGUACAUCACGCCAGUCACCGCCGACAAUCCGGUCCACAUCGCGCCGUCCGACCUGAACGACGACAAUGACGAGCGAUGGACUCUCUACGCCGAAUGCACCUUACCCACGACAAACUACGCCCGUCCCAGCGCUUGUUCGGCUGGAUUUCGUUUGAAAUUUCAAGAACUCGUGGAAGAAGGCGAUGAAGACAAUGCCCGACUGGACGAAAUGACGGACAGCGUCACGAUCAAGGCCACUCCGUGCUAUCGAAGCAUUGUCGUGACUUGCAUUGAAGGCGAAGACGAUGCGUGGAUCGGCGAAGAUGAAAUCUUGAAAGACUUGACAGCGUGCCAAGCAAAACUAAAACAUGUCGAGUCCGUGGCGCAGAAUACGUUGACGGUGGCCAUGGACAAGCUAGCCGCUGAGAAGAAGCAAGCGUACAGGAACAAGUUGGAUCGGGUCCUGGCCACCCAGUACGAAAACAUGUAUCGAGCCAUGGUCCAACUCGAGGACGAGGACUCCGAAGACGACAGGUCGGAGGACGCCGCACAAACGGACGAGACCGUCGAGCCCACAGAGGACGACGACGAGCCGCUGAAUCCCCUGUUUGCAUCCAUCUCUGAAACCGCGACGGAAACGUGUGUCAUGUGCUGCGUGUCUGGCGGGGACUUGGCAGCCACGUCGUGCGGGAACAAAGCCCACAUCAUGUGCUUGCUGUACACGCCGGAAACGUACUUUGAAAACAAUCUCGGGUACGGGAUUGCAAACGUCGCCCCCGAACGCGCCCGUCUGGUGUGCGACCUGUGCAAAAAGGCCACAGGGAUGAACAAGGUUCAGUGCCACUCGAAAAAGUGCUCGAAAGCAAUGCAUGUCCAGUGUGCGUAUGUGGCUGGCUUGUUGACGACCCACCCGACGUUUUGUGGAUGGUGCGCCAAACAUUUCAAACGCACGGAUGCCGCGACCCAAGCAUCGGUGGACGUCCCACCGCAUCUUCAAACGAAGCGCAGACUGGACGACCAGGUGGCUCCAACGAUGGCCCUCCCUCGACCGAAGAAACUCUUGACUGCCGCCCACCCCAGCGCGCCGCCACCAGUUGAGUCCAUGCGUGUGGUGCUGUCGGCGCAACCGCCUCCAGCCAAACAACCUCGUCAUAUAACCGAAGGUGGGCUACAACAAGACCGUUUUCCUGCGCCAGACGCGCAAGAGUUUGAUGUCGGAGACACGGUCGACGUUGUACCGCGGCUUUGGUCUGGCAUGAACAAACCUGGCGGAGUGGGUCGGGUCAAGGCGAAGCAUGUCGAUGCCAACCAAGUUUGGACAUACGACAUCGACUACGUGCUCGGGUCACGGGAAAAGGGCGUCCCAGGAGGGUACGUCAGUCGAUACCGCGCCGAGUUGACGGCGUCCCAGUCGGCAGCGCCCAAGAAGAAACGCCGUCGAAGUACCCUCAGUACACCAAAGUAACUAUUUUACAAAGCUAUCCUCAACAUCCUGGA